AUGUUCUCUGACUCGGGCAUACCAAGCCUCGAGACCUUGUUGCGCAAAGACUUGGUACACAGACCAGUCAAUGCUCUCUUCAUAAAACGCAACUAUACUAAACGCGAGCUUGACACCUUGAAAUGCUUGGAGCCAGACGCAAGCAAGGCAGUUGGGCGUGAGCUGUCAGACACAGAGCGCAAUGUCCUACUAGGAUACAAAGGCAACUCGAUCGCUUCUGAGUCCCGACCAUCAGCCUUGACAGUCUCGAUCGCGGUUCUGGGUGGACUGGCGAGCACCUUAUGCACGACUAGAGUACGCAAGCGCUGCAUCCGUGGCCGCUCUGUCCAUCAAAUUCAGAUCCGGCCUCUGUCCUUUCGUGAACUUGUUGGUAUCACCGGGAUCAUGGGUUACACCGCUCUCGUGUUCAAACCCGCUGAGAGCCAGCCUCUAUCGCUCAAAAUUCUCAACGACCCUCGUAUGAGUGCAUUCAAAGAAUCGAUCAAACGCAGGAAGAAGGAGUUUGGUGGCCACGAACCGGAGAUUGUCAGAAGGAAGGAUAGAAACAUCGAACGACCAAUCCAAUGGUUCACAAAUGCAUCCGGGCCGUUCUCACUACGCUUUACGAAGCGACCGCCGACAUGUCCCAAAACUCCCAAGAAUGCGACUCAAUAUAACGCGAAGCUUCCAGAUCCUUUCGUGUUUGCCAAUGGAAGACCUGUUAAGACCCUCUCCGACUUCCAGUGCCGCCAGCACGAAGUCAGCGAGCUCUUUCAGACCCUCGAGUUGGGGGCCAAACCCGGAACACCUGAUGCUGUACAUGGCUCGAUAUCAGGUGGCAACUUGACAAUCACAGUCUCUGUACAUGGCAAAACCAGAUCUUUUACACCCUCAAUUACCUAUCCGCUGAACGGAACUGCUCCAUACCCAGCCAUCAUCGCCUUCGGAGCUCUUACUAUUCCUGCUCCUUCUGGCGUGGUCAUCAUUACUUACAAUAACGAUGAGAUCGCUGCGCAAAACAAUCAAAAUAGUCGUGGCCAGGGCAAGUUCUUCGAGCUUUACCCCGACCUGACAGCCGACGGCGCAAUGACACCUUGGGCGUGGGGUGUAGGCCGCAUUCUCGAUGUUCUGGACACUUUGCCCAAUACCAACAUCAAUUCGAAGAAAGUUGCGGUCACUGGUUGUUCGAGGAAUGGUAAAGGAGCACUGGUUGCUGGCGCCCUCGACAGCCGUAUAGCUCUCACAAUCCCUCAAGAAAGUGGUUCUGGUGGGACUGCUUGCUGGCGUCUCAGCGACUAUGAAGACCACAAUGGUACAACACAAACCGCGUCAGAAAUCGUGCAAGAAAAUGUCUGGUUCGCUACACAGUUUAACCAGCUUGCCAACACCACUGUUGAUAUUCUACCAUUCGAUCACCACAUGUUGGCCGGCCUGGUCGCACCAAGAGGUCUCUUAGUCAUCGACAACAUUGGUUAUGAAUGGCUUGGGCCCUGGAGUUCAUUCGGAUGCAUGAGGACCGCUCGAAGAAUUUUUCAAGCGAUUGGUGCCUCUGAUCAUCUGGGAUAUUCUAUGUCUCCAAGCCAUCUUCAUUGCUCUUUCCCGUCGUAUCAGAUCCCUCAACUUCAAGCUUUUGUCGAUAAAUUCCUGUUUGACGGAUCCUCAGACACAAACUUCUUCACUCCAGCCGGCAACAUCACGUUCGAUGAUGCACAAUGGGUAGACUGGUCUACUCCAAAUCUGCUCUGA